AUGUCGAAUGCCUCCAGCUACCCAGCCAUUGCCCAACGUAAACAAGCACACCUGGAAUCGCAAAUCCCAGCAGAAUGGAAACUUCCCGCUUCUCAGAUACCCUCGGGAAUGCUCUCCCUGGAGGAUUCUAUCACCAAUGCUAAACAGUAUCAGCGGGUGAAUGUCAUGAACGUCCCCAGAACAUGUGGCUUACUCACAGGUAAGGAAUUGGAAAUUACCGAGAACUGGGAUAUUCGGGGUCUCUUGCGAGUCAUCGCAGAAAAACGGUACACAACGGAAGACGUGGUCAGAGCUUUCUGCAAGCGCGCGGCAAUCGCUCACCAAGUGACCCGCUGCUUGAGCGAACCGCUCUUCGACCGUGCCCUGCAACGGGCCAAAGACCUGGAUCGUUAUCUCCAGAACAGCGGGAAACCAAUCGGCCCCUUGCAUGGUCUGCCAGUAUCCGUCAAAGAUUCUUUCCAUGUGAAGGGCGUAGACUCGACCACAGGCAUAGUCGCUCUCGCAUUCAAACCGGCUACGCAGAACUCGCCUCUAGUAGAUCUCCUCGAAUCCCUGGGCGCCGUGAUAAUCGGCAAGACCAAUUGGACCGCGGGCGGCAGCACAGGCGGCGAAGGCGCCUUGAUCGCCAUGCGGGGAUCCAUGGUCGGUUUUGGGACGGAUAUCGGCGGCAGUGUCCGUGUCCCAGCGAUGUGUAACGGCAUCUACGGUUUCAAGCCCAGUGUCGGCCGUUUCCCCGCCGGAGGCCAGGACGGGGGCCAUAUACCCGGCAAAGGAAGGGUGUCCCUGCAAGCGGUUGUUGGUCCCCUGGCGCGGUCGGUGGCUGAUCUGGGCGCUAUCAUGGAGGAAGUUGUGCCUCGCGCGGAACUGUUCGGGGAGGAUUGUAUUCCUGGUCGGUGGCAUGGUGAAUUCCCUUUCCGGUUGCCCGAGACACAGGCUCGGAAUGUUACCAUCGGCGUACUUCGCUCGGACGGUAUCGUCGAACCCUUGCCGCCUAUUGCCAAAGUGUUGGAUGAGGUGGCGCAGACACUGCGGAAGACGCCCGGCGUUGAGGUGGUCGAGAUCCCUGUGCCGGCGGCGCUAGCCAAAUGCCAAGGGCUGGCUGGCAGACUGAUGGGUGUAGACGGGGGAGGCCCCAUGAUGGACUUGCUAGAGAGUACAGGAGAACCGCUGAUCCCCUGGCUGCAGGGUCGAAUGAAGCGGGGACGGGAAUUGACGCUCUCGCAGCUGGGCCAGUUGCAGGCUCAGCGGUCUAUCGUCGAACGGGAGCUGCUGAAGAUGUGGACUCUCAACAGUGGAACCGGGCGUCGGAUUGACGCUAUUAUCCAUCCAGUGGCCCCGCAUCCAGUUCCUGAGAUUGACCGCUAUAAUGCUGUGGGAUACACGUCUAGCUUUGUCUUGCUAGAUUACCCUGCGGCCACCAUUCCAGUCCGUCCCUUCAGGGAGUCCGAUCUCGAGAGCGGAAAGGAAAUGGACGCGCCGGUGUUGGGAAGUUGGGAUAAGGCAAACCGACAGUUGUGGAAUGAGAAAACGGUUGAUCGCCGGGUAUAUCUUGAUUCACCGCUGAGUAUCCAGGUUGUGACACCUAAGCAGCACGACUAUGAGCUGUUCCGAACUAUGGAAAUCAUUGACAGGGCUGUCAGGGUACCGGAUACGGAGAAGACAGCAGCCAAGCUGUAGAGCUAGCUCUAAACAUAUUCAUAUGUUCAAGUACUUCCAAA